UCGAAUAGACGUCGUUUAUAGCAGCGCAACAGGUUGUGCUGGAUUGUUUGUUUUUGAACGUUGCGGUGUUUCCUUAACAGAUAAAAACAACGCAUUAGUUCUAAGAUAGAUAAUGCAUACAUCGGAGAGUAUACAAUCUUUGAUAACAUAGUACUUCUUAGUCGCAUAUCAUUUCCCUGGAGCAGCAUCCAAAGUUCAUUCUUCUUAUCAAGAUGAUGAGUUCAAUGAGCCUGAGUCGAAUGCUUCGUGCUUCAAGUGUUUGCAGGACCAUGUCCACUGCCACAAAGCUGACCACAGUAGAGGUUAAUGAUAAAACGGGCAUAGCCACACUUACCCUGAACCGGCCGCCUAUAAAUGCCCUAAAUGUGGAGCUGCUGCAUGACCUAUAUCAAUCCAUUAAAGAAAUAGAGAACAACAAGAGCAGAGGGCUUAUCUUAACAUCGUCAAAUGAUAAGGUAUUCUCCGCCGGACUGGACAUAAACGAGAUGUAUAGGCCAGACAAGGACAGAGCACGCUUGCUAUGGACCAAACUGCAGGAUGUUUGGUUGGCGCUCUACGGCUGCGCUUUACCAACAGCUGCUGCUAUAAAUGGUCAUGCGCCAGCCGGCGGCUGCUUGCUGGCCACCUCAUGCGAGUACCGAGUUAUACUGCCGCAAUGCCGAAUCGGCUUGAAUGAAAUUCAACUGGGGCUAGUUCCGCCGAUAUUCUGCAUGUUUAACUUCUUAAACGUUCUGCCACGUCGUUUGGCGGAGCGCGCGCUCGUUCAGGGGCGAAUAUUUACUACAGAGCAAGCCCUCCAGAUCGGGCUAGUGGACGAUGUGGCCAGCAGCAAGGAGGAGGCAUUGGAGAAGUGUUCACAAUUUAUUGGCACAUUUGCCCAAACGAAUCCCUUGGCACGUUCACUAACCAAGCUGAAGUUCAGGGGCGCUGAUUUGCAGAGAUUCGAAAACGAGCGCUCUAAGGAGCUGGAGAGUUUCUUGGCGUUCGUCGAUCAUCCACAGAUGCAAGAGGAUCUGGGCAUCUAUCUCGAAGGCUUGAAGAAAAGGAACAGGAAUUGAAAGUGUUCUGAUGGCGUAUGUACACAAAUUCAUUGGCCCGAAUAAAUCAAAACAAAAACUAA